AUGCCCGGUGGGCACUGGGCCACCCGUUAUCUGAAUCUGGGAACCACCAACAAACUAGUCUAUCCCCACCACUUGCACACACUCACACUAUUUAAGCCCCGUUUGUUGACUCCACUGUCAGGUGGCAAUGUUCGCUCUGCCAAUUCCGUCUCGUCCAUCUACUUUUUGACUGUCUACCACGGGAAUAAAAGCAGUAGUCUAGUCAACCCUGGUGGAUGA